AUGGAAGAGAAGCUUGAUGACUCUGAGAUCUCAACUAGAGAGGAAGCACUGUCACCAGUACUUGUAAAAAAGAGAACUAGAGCUGGUGGGGAGAAUCCUUCCCCAAAAAAGAUGUGGUCUUUGUUAGGAGGCCAUUAUCCGAUUAUGGAAGCAAGGAGAGAGAAGUCAAAGCUGCCAAAUCGGGACAGACCCGACCUCCCCCUCCUAUUUUCUUCUUCUUUUGCCGUUUUUGGUUUUCAGGCGAUUUCGUCGCCGUCCGGCCACCCCAGGACGAACCACUUGUCAUGGCAUGAUCCUCUCCUCCUUCUCUACCUAGUCAUCUUGUUUUGGCCGGUGGAGGAAGAAUUGAAGGUGAUUGAAGGCGUGAACAGUAUCAUGAACAGUAUACUGACCAGUUCUUGGUUUUGUUUUGAUCUUUCCGGCCAAAUCGUUGGGUUUUGUUGGUUGUUGCAGGAUUUACUGAGCCCUCGAGCGAGGAGGACACGGGCAGGCAACAGGAUUAGCUGCGAGACUCACCUAUUUCAGAUUUGCCGAGAUCGCGUCCAGGAACUUGGGGCAUAGGAAUUUGCGCUUCCGUUUUGACUGUAGGUUAAUACUUAACCUACCUUGUAUGAUAUCGGCUUAGUUAUGUAUAACUGCUCUGAUAACCAUUUUAAAUUUGGUGAAUGUUAAUGCUUGAGAAUCUGUUAUCGUAUUGAAGUUAAGGUGACAUUCGUGCUUUCGAAAUGUAAUAUAUACACUUGGAAUGUAAAUAUUGGAAUGUAUCUAUGAGUGUGAGUUUAGUUUUAAGCA